AUGGCUUACAAGACACCAAUUGGCAUGAGUCUAUUCCGGCUAGUCUACGAAAAAGCUUGUCACCUUCUGGUAGAGGUGGAACACAAGGCUUAUUGGGCUGUGAAGGAAUAUAACUCAGGAUUGGGAGGAGCUAGAGUUGAAAGAAAAUUGCAACUGGAAGUAUUGGAUUGCAUUCGGUUAGAAGCUUAUGAAAACUCAAGGCUCUACAAAGAAAUGGUGAAGGCGGUACAUGAUCGGAACAUCAAGAGAAGAGAGUUUAGAGUUAGAGAUCAAGUCCUUCUCUAUAACUCUAGAUUGAGGUCAAGAUGGGAUGGACCAUAUGUGGUGGAGAAGGUUGAACCAUAUGGUGUAGUCCACUUGAGUUCGCUUUGA